AUGGCAUCGAAAGUUUGGCUUGAGGCCACCCUUAAGAACGGAUAUAUAAAGUUUAUUGAGUAUGAUUCAUUUGAAGAUAUAACACCUAUACCCAUACAGAGUAAAAACGCAUCAUCGAACAAAAAAUUAUGUUGGGCCAAUUGGGGUAACAAUCAUAAGAAUAAUAAGUUGCACGUUGCUUUAAAAACUUGGAGAUUAAAUUACGACAAUAUCGAUCAUGACGCCGUAGAAAGGUUUGUUAAUGAGUUGACAUUAUUACCAAAAGUAAAUUUUCACGCGAAUAUAAUAAGAUUCUUUGGAAUGAGUCAUGUUUCCUCCAGCGAUACAUAUUAUCUGGUAACACAAUAUGCUAAUGGCGGUUCGUUACGACAACAUUUAAAACGUAACCAUCAACAGUUAACGUGGUGUGAUAAGACUCGAAUUAUCAUGGAAAUAGCAACAGGUUUACAAUGCAUACACAAUGAAGGAAUAUCACAUAGGAAUCUGCACCCAAAUAAUGUACUGGUUCAUGAUGGAAGAAUGAUGAUAGCAGAUUUGGGUUUCUCGGAUACAUGGCAUAAUUCAACGACGCCAUAUCACGAUGAGAUGAUUCCGUUUUUAGAACCUUUGUUCUUACAAGAUAAUUUUUAUCAAAGGGACAAGAGAUCGGAUAUUUAUAGCUUGGGUGUGUUAAUGUGUGAAGUAUCAAGUGGGCGUCCUCCAUUUGAAUCAACGGCAUCAAAUUUUCAUCUAUUAUUGAGAAUAAUAAUGAACGGAGAAAGAGAAUCAACCAUAAUACCAGGAGCUCCGUUACAAUAUGUGCAACUUUAUCGACAUUGUUGGGAUGGUGAUCCAAAUUUACGCCCUAUCAUACACGAAGCUUUAAAAAGAUUGAACGAAAUGCAAUUGGAUUCUUCUUUUAUUAAACCUGGAGAAGUUCGUUUUAAACUUGAUCCUAUUCCCUUGAAGAAUAUUGGAACUUUAUCAAAUAAUAAUGGAAAACGAUUGAUUAAGAGGCACUCUCAUCCAAAUAUACAAAAUAUCUCACCAUCUUUACCUCCUACAACAUCCCCAAGGACCACUCCUCCUCAUCCUUUAGACUCUAUAGAUUCUGCAAAUGAUAUCGGAGAUUAUGUCGUAAUCGAUAAAAAUGAAUUUGACUUAACGAGGAAGAGGUAUGAAAAGGCAAAAAGCUUGAAUCUUCGAAAUCCUCGCAUGAGUCGAACAUCAUAUGGAGAUAGAAAUGAUGUAUAUAUGCAACGUGAAGAAAAUGAUGAAGUAAAAGACGUAUUGUUUGAAAACAUUUCAAUAAAUAAUUGUCAGCAACCACAAAUAUUAUUGGUAGCAAGGUAUUCUCCGGCAAAGAAAAUAAUAUCAGCAUUUGAAGUGUUAAAGAAGAAUGGAGUGAAUUUGAGGGAUAAAGACAUCAAAGAGAAAACGGCAAUACAUAAAUUAAUUUGGAAUGACGAUUUAUUCGAAAUGAAUAUUGGAUUUGCAUCAGCAAAAUAUCCAAGACAUAAUCAUUUUAGAGUAGCAUUAAAAUGGUUAUGCUCCAAUAAUAUUAAUAUUAAUUCAACGGACGAAUUUGGGUGGACUCCAUUGCAUGAAGCAAUAUGGAAAAGAAGAGAAUCUGGUAUCAUAUCUGCGUUACUGGAUCAUAAUGCGAAUCCGAACAUAACUGAUAAACAUGGUUCAACCGCACUUCAUCAAUGUUUAAAUCUCUUGAGGAUGACGACAGACGAUUCAGAAAAAUCUCAAUUAUAUGAUUGUAUAAAAUUACUUUUAUCUAAUGGCGCCAAUCCAAAUUUAUCACUGCCGGAUCAUACUCUGACAUUGUCUGGAGUUCCUUUCCCAAAUUCUUUAUUUGCCGCCGUUUAUUUGGAUUUACCAUUGGAUAUUAUUGAAUUAAUGGUAAAAAAAGGUGGUGAUGUUGCAUCAACCUCCUUUCGUGGAUUAUAUUUACUGGAUUUUGCGGCUAAAGUUAAUAAUAUUCGUGCUCUAAAAUAUUUAACUGAUCACAAGAAUUUCUUUGGGAAAAAAAGUAUUUUUAACGCUUUAAAAUAUCCUGUUAAAUCGUAUACCAUCAAACAUGAAAAACCUAUUAAUAGAGGUAGAAGGUUUCAUAAUAAUAUUUCCACCGUUUGA